AUGACGUUUACGAAUGCCCCCGUGACACGGCUCACCGUGCUAGGCCUGGUCUCGACCUCGAUCGCCGCCAGCCUUUUCGAUGCGAAGCACUACUUCUACAUAUUCAUCGAUACGCAUCUGUUUCGGUACCGGCAGUUCUGGCGGCUCCUUGCAUAUCAACUAUGUUAUACCAACUCUACAGAGGUUCUCUUCGCAGCUAUAUCGCUGUAUAAUCUCAGAGCAAUUGAGCGGAUGUGGGGAUCCAGGAAAUAUGCAUCAUUCCUCGUCAUCUCAUCGCUCCUCACGGCCAUAUUCCCGCCACUCAUCCUCACCGUGCUCCGACCCCUAGCACCGGGCUUAUUCAACUAUAUGCCGGCUGGGCCCACGCCCAUCAUCUUUGCGAUUCUGGCCCAAUUCCAUGCCAUGGUUCCGCAAAUGUACAAGUACCGUAUAGCGACGUCUCAAGCGCCACCUACAAACGAGCAGUUCUCCGGCGUCACGCUAUCGGACAAGUCGUACCAGUAUGCCAUUGCCUUUCACCUGGCUCUGCUGCAGUGGCCGGGCUCUGUCAUUGGAGCUGCGGUAGGUUGGGUCGUUGGAUACUCUUGGAGAGCAGGGCUGUUGCCCACCUCAUUCACCACAUGGAGGCUCCCUGGCUGGAUGGUGGGUUCUGGAUCCUACAGGAGAAGCGCAGAGUUCGAAGGGUUGAGAAGAAGAUUAGAAGGGGAAAUUCCAUCAACGGGUGUGGCCACUGGCGCCCAAAGCCAAGCAGAAGGGCAGGCCGAUCGACGGCGCACCAUGGGCCAGCAGAUUAUGGACCAGUUUCGAGAAGCUUUAUGA